GCCCGAGCCACUUCCGGUGGCAGACCCGGAAGUGGAUAGCGCGAGGCCGCCGGCGCGCUCUGGCAAAUCUUUCCUGAGAAAGAAGCCCAAAGGAAGAGGAAAAAAAGAGAAUGGCUCUUUCCCAGGAACUAUUUACUUUCAAGGAUGUGGCCAUUGAAUUCUCUCAGGAGGAGUGGGAAUGCCUGGGCCCUGCUCAGCGGAAUUUGUAUAGGGAUGUGAUGUUGGAGAACUACAAGAACCUGCUCUUCUUGGAUGAGAACAACUUCCCUCCGGAAGUCGGUAACUGCCCAUGUGUAUCUUGGCAUUUUCUCCCUUAUAUUUCUUCUGAAUUCGCAAACAAGAGAUUAUCACUGAAAGAAGCUAUGAAUAAAGGGAAAUUAUACCAUCCGGUGGUCUUGGAAGGAAAUGAAAGUCAUAGCAUCAAAACUCUUGAUCUCAAGGAUUCCUGGAAAAAUAUGCAGGAGUGUGACAGCCAGUGUGAACAUGAUGAAAGAAAUCACAGAGCAGUGCCUUUGACUUAUAGCAAAAAUCUCAGUCAUAGAAAAGAUCAACAGCAUAGUAAAUCCUCCAUUAAUUUUCCACUAAAGCAUAGUGUUUCCAUAAGGGACUGUGCAUACCAGUAUUUCUUACAUGACAAGCCAUGUAUGAGGAAUGUGCUAAAACUGAAAAGUAACUUCAGUUAUACCAGAGACAAGUAUGUGAAGUGUUUUGAAAAUAGGAUGGGAUUAAGCUUGCAGGCACAUCAGAUUGAAGUACCUAGGUUUCAAAAUGAGAAAACUUACGAAUGUCAUCAGGUUCAAAAGUCUGUCAACAAUGGUUCUUCAGUUUCACUACGUCAAAGACUUUGUCCUAAUGUCAAAAACAUCUGUAAUAAGCAUAGGAGGAUUUUAAAAUACCCUUUAUUACCACAAUAUGGGGUAACACACACCAGAGAAAAAUCUUACAAGUGUCAUGACUGUGAAAAGGUGUUUAGCAAAAGUUCAAACCUCACUAAUCAUCGGAGAAUUCAUUCUGGACAGAAACCUUACAAAUGUAAUGAAUGUGGCAAAGCCUUUAAUCAGUGUUCAAACCUCAGUAGGCAUCGAAGAGUCCAUACAGGAGAGAAGCCAUAUAAAUGUAACAUAUGUGGUAAGGUCUAUAGCCAGAAUUCAAACCUUGCCAGUCAUCAGAGAAUGCAUACUGGAGAGAAGCCUUACAAAUGUCAGGAAUGUGGUAAGGGUUUUAUCCAGCGCUCACACCUUUGGGGUCAUGAGAGAAUUCAUACUGGAGAGAAGCCUUACAAAUGUCACGAAUGUGGCAGAGCCUUUGCUGAGCGUUCGAGCCUCAUUCAACAUAAGAGAAUCCAUACUGGAGAGAAGCCUUACGUGUGUAAUGAGUGUGGCAAAGCUUUUAAGCAGUGUUCACACCUCACUAGACAUCAGAAUGUACAUCCUGGAGAGAAACCACACAAAUGUAAUGUGUGUGGCAAGGCUUUUAUUCAAAAUUCAAGCCUCGUGGAGCAUCAGAGAAUUCACACAGGAGAAAAACCUUACAAAUGUGACAGAUGUGAUAAAGCUUUUAUCAAGCGUUCACACCUUUGGGGUCAUCAACGAACUCAUACCGGAGAGAAGCCACACAAAUGUGAUGAAUGUGGCAAAGCCUUUGCUGAGCGUUCAAACCUUACUCAACAUAAGAAAAUCCAUACUGGAGAGAAACCUUAUAAAUGUAAUGAGUGUGGGAAAGCUUUCACCCAAUUUGCCAAUCUUAAUAGACAUCAAAAGAUACAUACUGAAAAACAUUGUAAACAUAAUGUAUGUGGCAGUGUUUUUGUUCAAAGCUCAAAACUUGGGGAUUGUCAGGGAAUUCACAGAGACAAACAUAAGGGAAGCAUUCAAGUCCCGCUCAAUGACAGAGACUUGUUAGUUUCCCUGUCUGUCGAUUCAGGCUCGGCUUCGCGGCCCCCCGGCGGUUCUGUUUCUGGGAUCGGGGGGAGGGGGCCACCACUCAGACCUCCAGACCCCGGCACCGCCCAUCCGCGUGAAGUAAAUCCGGACGCCGGCCUGAGAGGCCGCCCGCGUCCGCGGAAGGCCGCGCUCGCUGCCUGCGCCUGGCCCUCGCGUCCCGCGCUCCUCAGGCCGGCUCCUCGCCUGGCGGCCGCGGGGCCGCGACCCCGACUCCCACCCCCCACCCCGGGGAAGUGCGCGCCCCUGGGGCAGCGGACAUGCUGUCCCGCCCCCGUCGUCGUGGACGUGCGGGCGAAGCGGGUCGGAGAGCGACUGAGAAGACAACCCCCGCGGCGUGGAGAAGGGGCGAAGCUGGGCACGGCCGCGGGGGUUGCCAAACCGAAGAGAAAGAACAGGCCAGGAGGCGGCCGAGGGCGGAGAGAGACGUUGAGAGGGUCGACUUCUAAAGACUUAGAAACCAGGCGGGCAGAGCGAAAGGCGUCAGGGAUGAGCCUCCCCCAGGGCCCUCUGACAUUGAGGGAUGUGACGAUAGAUUUUUCUCAGGAGGAGUGGAAAUGCCUGGACCCUGCUCAGAAGGCUUUAUACAGGGAUGUGAUGCUGGAGAACUACAGGAACCUGCUCUCCCUGGAUCUCUCUUCUAAGUAUGUGAUCAAAGAAUUACCCUCAAAUGAGGAAAGUAUCACAGGAGUAUUUCACUCGGUGAUAUUGGAAAGACGUGAACAUCAUGACAUCAAAGAUUUGUGCUUCAGAGAAAUCCAGAAACAUAGCCAUGCAUUUGAGUCCCAAGGGAGAGAUGAAAAAAAUUACAACGGAGUGCCUAUGACAACAACAAAAUAUAUUAAUGAUAGAAAAUAUCAGCAUGAUAAAGAGAUCGCAGGAAGCAACUCUAUUAAAAAUCAGCUCGAAAUAAGCUUUCAUUCACAUCUGCCUGAAUUGCAGUUAUUUCAAACCAAAUGGAAUAUUUAUGAUUAUAAUCAAGUUGAGAAAUCUGUUAACAAUGGUUCUUCACUUUCAGCACCGUAUAGGGUUCCUUCUAGUGCUAAAACUUGUAUUUCUAGUAAAUGUGAGACUGACUCCAUCUGUUCUUCACUAUUCACGCAACAGCAGAAAGCACACACUAGAGAAAAACCUUACAAAUGUAAUGAGUGUGGUAAAGCCUUUCAGCAUCGUUCAAACCUGUUUACCCAUCAGGUAAUCCACACUGGAGAGAAAACUUACAAAUGUGAUGAAUGUGGCAAGUCAUUUAGAGCACGCCUGAGCCUUAGUAGACAUCAGGUAAUCCAUCCUAGAGAAAAAGUUUACAAAUGUAAUGAGUGUGGCAAGGUCUUCAGUCAAAUUUCAUACCUUGAAAGUCAUCAAAGAAUUCAUACUGGAGAGAAACCUUACAAAUGUAAUGAGUGUGGCAAGGUCUUCAGUCGCAACUCACACCUUGCAGAUCACUGGAGAAUUCAUACGGGAGAGAAACCUUACAAGUGUAAUGAGUGUGGCAAAGUCUUUAGUGUACGCUCCGUCCUCAAUAACCAUCUGGUCACCCAUAGUGGAGAAAAACCUUACAAAUGUAAUGAAUGUGGUAAGGUCUUUGCUCAAAAUUCAAACCUCGCAACACAUCAAAGAAUUCACACUGGAGAAAAACCUUACAAAUGUAAUGAAUGUGGAAAGGUCUUCAAUCACAAGUCAUCCCUUGCAAAACAUCACAUAAUUCAUACUGGAGAGAAACCUUACAAAUGCAAUGAAUGUGACAAGGCUUUCAGUCGCAACUCACACCUUGCAACACAUCAAAGAAUUCACACUGGAGAGAAACCUUACAGAUGUAAUGACUGUGGCAAGGUCUUCAGUCACAAGUCAUCUCUCUCAAAGCAUCACAGAAUCCAUACUGGAGAGAAACCUUAUAAAUGUAAUGAAUGUGAUAAGGUUUUUAGUUGCAAUUCAACUCUUGUAAGACAUUGGAAAAUUCACAGUGGAGAAAAACCCUACAAAUGUAAUCAUUGUGACAAAGUCUUCAGUUACAAGUCAGCCCUAGCAAAGCAUCAUAAAAUCCAUAAUAGAGAGACUCCUUACAAGUACAAUGAAUGCAGCAAACCCUUCAUAAUGAGUUCAAACAUUAAUCAACGUCAGAGAAUCCACACCAAAGAGAAAUCAUACAGUUGUGUGUGGCAGAGGCUUUUCCAGGUUCCCCAACUCUCUAGACAGUGAAAUACACAUCAUUAAUGAAAUCACUGUAAUGUAAUGUACAUACUGAGUCUGUUGCCCAACCACCAGAACUAUAGAACAUCAGGGUUUUAUGAGGUAUAACAGUCCAUUUCUGCAAGAUUAACCAUUUCUAUUACAUACUUCAAAAAUAUGCCAGUCAAGAUAAGUUAUUUGACAGGUAUAAAAGGCACCAGGACAUUUUUAAAUGGCCAGCUGUAUUCAGGUUAUAAAAUAUUUCAUUCAAUUAUUAGAGAUUUCUUUAAAAGACUACUAUUUAUGACUUUGUUGAAAUCUAAUACACCUUUUUUAUGAACAUUUUAUGAGGAGCUCUACAAAGGAAUAAAUAGGAUGAAAGGGCAUACUUAAUUAGGUAAGCAUUUAUACCUAAGUUUCUUGAAGUACUCCGUGUUUUAAAAUAUUAUCUGAAUUAUGAAGGAAGGGCAACGAAUAAUGUAGAACCAUGAUAUAAGUAAUUAUGCUUAUUGCCUCAUCUUGCUUUUGUCUUGAGAAGACAUUCGUUAUCAGAAAGGCUGAGGUAGGCAUCCCCUGGAGCCAGCACUGUGGGGAAGUAGGUUAAGCCUCUGCCUGCAGCGCUGAUAUCCUAUAUGGACACCAGUGUAAGUGGCCUUGGGGGGCAGUGGAAGAUGGCCCAAGUGUUUGAGUCCCUGCACACAUGUGGGAGACCUGGAGGAAGCUCCUGCCUCCUGGCUUCGGAUUGGUGUAGGUCCAGCCAUCGGGUCUGUUUGGGGAGUUUACUAGAGGAUGUUAGACCUCUCUCUGUCUCUCCUUGUCUGUAGUUCUGCCUCUCAAAUAAAUAAAUCUUUAAAACAAUAAA